AUGGUACGGCGACACCUAGAAGACCCGAUAACUUCAUUUUGCACCGACCGCCGCGGCUCGCAAUGGUGUUUGCGGCUGUCUCGAAAGUGCGGCGAGAGCCAAAAGUUUGCCGAUUAGUUCGUCGGUUUCAGAGAAGGCUACAUGGACGACAAGUUCUCCGACAUGUGGAGUUGCACGGCGUUCCCUUUCGCCUUUCGAGAGUGUCGAAUGACGUGCGGAUACUGCUCGGCGAGCAUGCAACUCACGCGUCUCAAAGUACGACUUCCACCUCGCCACCAACACCAAACGCUGCGACGUCAAGGUGUUCUUUCGCGCGGAGUGACCAAGAAGUUCUCAGAAGGAUUCCUUUUUGGAAAGGUGAGAGAAUUUAUCAAGAAAGUUGACAAGGGAUGAAAUUGUAAUGAAACUCCGCUAGCAUCAUUUUAGGCCUUAGAAGGUAACAAAAUCACGAAAAAAAAGUCUGAUAUCCGAAAUGAGGCUUUUUCAAAAGUUCAAACAAGGCUUUUCAUACUUCUUGUGUUUUGUGCAAAUUUCAAAUCCAUACAAGCGAAAUUUUGGAGCGAACAAAAAAAAAUGGGUUUUUCAUCAUAAGUCCAAUAGGAAAAAAGUAUUAUUGAACGUUUUCAUUUGAUUUGAAAAUUCGUCUUAUUCGUUCUAAAAAAAAUUUUUGAACUGACUAGGGACCGUUUUUUGAGAACCGUAACAGAUCUUGUUCUCAAGUUGUGAAGCUUCAAAGCCUGCAGAAUGCAAAAAUAAUGACAAAAGCGCUUUUUCAAGUUUUUGAAGCGUCCCAACUUGAAAACGAGAAAUUUUCUUUUUGUUCUGCAAUCAGUUGAUUCUAGAAAAAAAUUGAGCAAAGUUUCAUCAAAAGUUCUACCGAGGGGUUGAAAUAAAUUUCCUAGUGAGUAAUACCAAAAAACACUCUUUCCAAAACUUAAUCUUCAUUUUGGUUUUCCUACAGAGUUCGAUCCGCUUGCUAAAGUAACAUGGAAACGACCAGAAGACAGCGACUACUUCGUGGUGCUUGACCAUAACUACGACGACUUCAUUUGA